AUGACGUCUGAGAACCAUACGCAGGCGCACCUCCGCUUCGACGCCCGCGGUGUGUCAGCGGGGAGCGUCGGCGGCAAGGGACAGCAGGAGCGGAUGAGAGUGGAGCUCUCCCCGCACGAGGACGAGAUCCCGUGGCCCACGCGGCUGGUCCACACGGCAGGCUUGGUGGCGGGCGCCAGCUCGGGGGAGCUGCAUCGCUGGCCGAUCACGCGCACGCAGCGGCGCCGUGUGCAGCGCAAGCUCCAGAAGGCCAUGGCGCUCCAGCAGUGGCAGGCCUCGUUGGAGACUCGCCCGGCGUUCUCCGAAGCUCCUGCGCCGCCUGCCGCCUUCGCAGCCUCGGGGGCCAUCUGGCCCACGUCCUGCAGCCUCUCGCUGUGA